GGGGGGGUGGGUGUGGGGGGGGAAGGUCCACGUCCCAGAGGGUCCUGACAGUGCGGCUUCCCCGCCGGCUCAGCAAAAUUGCCGAAGCCCCUCUCCCCCGGGCACAGCCCAGCAGCAGCCCCCCCCCCCCCAAGGAUGUGCUUACGGUGGGAGACCCAAAUAUCAGGACGAGGGGGGGGGCUGCACCGCUCCCGGAGGCAAAGGGGGAGACCCUCGAGGAUGGCGCCCCCAUCUCCCAGGAAACGACAGCAUCUUGAGCAGCUUACUCCCUGAAGGAACCUCCAGGACACCAGGACAGCCUGGGUGCUGCCGAACGGGCCGGCUCGUGUCACCUCCCAGGUCACAACCCAGCUGCACCAUCACCUUUCCCAGCCCCACCAGAUGUGCCUCCUCCGAGUCACGCUGAGCCCAGGACCAGCCCUGGAGGUCCUCCACUGCUGACCCCUGGCCCUCUGCCCCACUGCCUCCCUGACCGACCCCACUUCUCCUCCCAACGUCUGCAGGCUCCUGCUGCAGACCCCCCAGUUUCCACCCUGCCCUCAGCAAUGUCCUUUCCUGGUGCCACCAGACCCUCCGAGGAAUCGCUCUGGAGCUCAAGGCCAGCCUGCAGGGAAAUGGAGUCCAAGGUCUCUGAAGGCGGCCUGAACGUCACCCUCACCAUCCGGCUGCUGAUGCACGGCAAGGAAGUCGGGAGCAUCAUUGGAAAGAAAGGAGAGACCGUGAAGAAGAUGCGUGAGGAGAGCGGAGCAAGGAUCAACAUCUCGGAGGGGAACUGCCCUGAGCGAAUCGUGACCAUCACUGGCCCCACUGAUGCCAUCUUCAAGGCUUUUGCCAUGAUUGCCUACAAAUUUGAGGAGGACAUAACCAACUCAAUGAGCAACAGCACUGCCACCAGCAAACCUCCGGUGACGCUGAGGCUGGUGGUGCCAGCCAGUCAGUGCGGCUCGCUGAUCGGCAAAGGAGGCUCCAAGAUCAAGGAAAUCAGGGAGUCAACAGGUGCUCAGGUUCAAGUGGCGGGGGACAUGCUGCCCAACUCCACGGAGCGGGCGGUGACAAUCUCGGGGACACCCGACGCAAUUAUCCAGUGUGUCAAACAGAUCUGUGUGGUGAUGCUGGAGUCCCCACCAAAAGGUGCCACCAUUCCCUACCGCCCAAAGCCCGCCUCCACCCCUGUCAUUUUUGCAGGUGGUCAGGUAAGAGCCGACCCGCUUGCAGCCUCCACUGCCAACCUCAGCCUUUUACUGCAGCACCAGCCGCUGCCCGCCUACACAAUUCAGGGACAAUACGCCAUUCCACACCCGGAUCAGUUGACCAAGCUCCACCAGUUGGCUAUGCAGCAAACCCCCUUUACUCCCCUUGGACAGACCACCCCCGCUUUCCCUGGAGAAAAGCUGCCCUUACAUUCCUCCGAAGAAGCUCAAAAUCUGAUGGGCCAAUCAUCAGGUUUGGAUGCCAGUCCCCCGGCCAGUACUCAUGAACUCACCAUUCCCAAUGAUCUAAUAGGCUGCAUAAUCGGACGCCAAGGGACCAAAAUCAAUGAAAUUCGGCAGAUGUCGGGAGCGCAGAUCAAAAUCGCCAACGCCACGGAAGGGUCGUCGGAGCGUCAAAUCACCAUCACAGGGACCCCCGCAAACAUCAGCCUUGCUCAGUACCUCAUCAACGCCAGGCUGACGUCUGAGGUCACUGGAAUGGGCGCACUCUAAUUUCCACCCACCAUCCUCCACUCUGCACCACCCGACCCUCUCCAGCCACCGGCACUUCACCCAGCCUGUGCUGCCUGUACUUUUACCGUCCUCCCUUUGCCUCCACAGAUACUCUUUUCUUUACUAACUAACAUGUACACACACACACACACAUAAACACACAUGCAUAUGCACACACUGGAACGUUUCUUUACGAGCUCCUCACUGUGCUCCUGAGGCUGCUCUCGAGCUCUUUGGUUUUGGUCCUUGUUUUCAGCGUACGGUGUUAUUGCUUCAUCUGCUUUUCGGGGGACAGGGAAGAGGGAGGGGGGGGGGUUGUUGUUUUCUUUUCUGCUGGCAGGACUUCAGAAGAUGAUGGGGUCUGUAGUGUCAGUCUAGUGUAGUUACUUACAUGUUUGAGUUGACGUUGGCGAUGCUGUAGCCUAUGGGUGUGUGAGGCCACCCAGAGCUGUGUGUGCUUCAGAGGACUUAACUUUUCUCACCCUUCUUCCUUGGAUGCUCCUUCUUCCUUUGCUUUGCUUGUCCUGGCUCCCCUUUGCCACCUGGCAUCCCUGCCCUCAGGGUAAGGUCUGGUUUUCCUCUUCCCCCUCCCCUCCCCAUGUUGUUUGGGAAGCAGAACUCGUGGGAGCUGAGCCAGGCGAGUUCACCUGCAGGCUCCUCUCUCUGCAACAUGGCAGGGUCCAGACAAGCCAUUUUUCAUACUAAACCAAGGGAGUCCCGUCCCCCCCCCACACACACAAAUAGUCCUCUUUUUAAAUUUAACGAGCCACUGGAAGUGGGACAAAUUCAGCUGUAUGGGAUUCACACCCCCAAGGGGCCUUUGAAAGCUUUUGACAAUCCCCAUAAGCAAAACCUUUGGACAGUAGCUCAGGAAGCUCUUGUUUGUCACUGUUUGUGUUCAAUAAAUGUCUGUGCAGCUCUGCUA